GUGUGAUUUGCUCAUGUUGAACCUCUUCAUGCUGAGCCCACUAAAGCAUUUCCUUGGCCUUGCACAGUUCCAUCGAGAAGGCUAAGAGACAUGUUCUGGGCCCAGAUUUUGGCUCUUGUGUUUGGCGUUGGUGGAGUUGGAGCCCUUAUUACUGCCACUGUGUCCAAUGAGUGGAAAGUAACCACCAGAGCAUCGGCAGUUAUCACUGCCACUUGGAUUUUCCAGGGUCUUUGGAUGAACUGUGGAGGUAACGCAUUGGGCUCUUUUCAUUGCAGACCACAUCUUACUCUCUUCAGAGUACCAGGUUAUAUCCAAGCAUGCAGAGGACUGAUGAUUGCUGCUGUCAGUUUGGGAUUUUUUGCUUCCAUAUUUGCACUGUUUGGAAUGAAGUGUACAAAAGUUGGAGGCUCAGAUAAAGCCAAAGCUAAAAUUGCUUGUUUGGCUGGAAUUACAUUCAUUCUUUCAGGACUAUGCUCCAUGACGGGCUGCUCCCUAUAUGCAAACAAAAUCACAACCGAGUUCUUUGACCCUCUUUAUGUUGAACAAAAAUAUGAAUUAGGAGCAGCUUUGUUCAUUGGGUGGGCUGGAGCUUCACUUUGCAUAAUUGGUGGUAUUAUAUUUUGCUUCUCGAUAUCUGACAAUAGCCAAACACCCAGAAUGGCAUAUGCAUACAAUGGAGCCACAUCUGUUUUGUCUUCUCGGACAAAGUACCAGAGUAGAGAAGGAGAUUUUAAAAACACAACCUCUUCAAAACAGUUUGAUAAAAAUGCUUAUGUCUAAACAGCACUGCUACAAAUCACAAAUCCAAGUUUGUCAAUAAAAUAUGAACUGUUCAUAGAAUGAUUUCCAUCAAGGUUCCACUGUAAUUAACACAAGCUAUUUUUAAAAUUUGAAUUGUAGCGUUGUUGAUUUUAUGGAUGUAAAUUUUCUUACAUAGUUACGUACUAAUCAUUUUCUGUUGUGGCUUUCUUAUAAAAAAAAUAAACAGGUUUAUUUACUAGGUA